AUGUCAUCUUUUCAACCAAUUAAUCCAAAGCCUUUUUUAAAGACGUUGAUAGGCAAACAGGUGAUCGUGAGGUUGAAGUGGAAUAAGACAGAAUAUAAAGGAACGUUGAUUUCAAUCGAUAAUUACAUGAAUUUGCAAUUGGACAAAACGUCGGAAGUGAUAUACGAAGAUGGUGAAAAGAAAGAAGAAGUCAUAGGUGAAAUAUUCAUCAGAUGCAAUAAUGUGUUGUUUAUAAGAGAGGAUAAAGAGGUACAGAAUGGUUCUGACAGUGGUGAAGCAGAUGUCAAAAUGGAAGAUGGUAAUUAG